UUUGCAUCACUCCCGUUACGGGCCGUAACGUGAAUCGUGUAAAUAGACACUGCCAUAGUGUAAACAAGGAAAACAAUUGAUUCGACUUAAUAGUAAUUAAAUAGUUGAUCUAUUUUUUAUCAGUUCAUCAUAAAAAGACAACUGAAAUGCAAAGUGAUUGUAAAUUUUUUGUUUUUUAGUGACUGUACGCAAUAAUAUUAAAAAAUACUAGUUCUAAUAAUUUAAAAUUUAAAAGUAUUACUACGGGUUUAAAACCAAACGUCAAAAAGUAAAAAAACUUUUUCAAAAUUUUUAAAUUUAAUUUUGAAAAAAUUUUAUGUUUAUAUAAAAAUAGUAGAAUUUUCACUCGCAAAUAUGUCAAACCUUUAUGAUCAAAUUAAACUUAUUUACGAUCAACAAUUAUACUCUAAUGUGAUUUCACUUGCGAAUUUAGUCCUAUCUCUGAGUGACCAUAAUGGUGAUCUCUUACCUCCAACAGCAAAAUUUCUUAUUUAUGUGCAUUGUGCUGAUUCGCAUUUCCACCUUGGAGAAUAUCGUAAAGCAGAAUCAUUGUAUAAAAAGUCUUUACAAUUUCGCAAGUUCUUAUUGAAGUCAAAGAGCACAACGAAAUCAAACAAUCAAGAGAGUUAUAAAGAUCUUCUGUCAGACAUAGACAUCAAGUAUCAAAUCCACGUUUGCUUAAUGAAAACUAAAAACCAACUAGAAGCCCUUCAAAUUUUGCAAAGUAUACCCGGAAAACAACGAACCGCUAAAGUAAAUAUGGCAUUGGCUAAAAUAUUUCAUGACCAAGGAAUGGAACGAUCUGCCAUUACGACAUAUAAAGAAGUUUUGAGAGAGUGUCCUUUAGCUUUAGAAGCAGCAGAAGGUCUUCUUUCACUGGGAGUUAAAGGGAUUGAAGUGAAUUCUUUGAUUGUAGGAUCUACGGCCAUCUCACCUAAUCUAGAUUGGCUGAACACGUGGAUAAAAGCGCACGCCCACAUGCAUAAUCGGGAGUACAGUCAUGCAAUUUCAGCUUUCAAAAUAUUAGACAAUGUUAAUUAUCUUCGUGACAAUUUCAAUUUAUUAGUAACCAUGGGAGAGUGUUAUUACUGCGCAGGAGACGAUAAAAAUGCACUAGCUUGUUUGAAGCGAGCGCGAGCUAUUGAGCCGGAUACUAUUAAAGGUCUGGAUCUGUAUGCAGCUGUUCUGUACAAAGGGCAGCACACCAAAGAUUUGGAAAAAUUAAUACCCACCAUAACAGUAAACGGAGAAUGUUCAGCUGAAAUUUAUGUAGCGAUGGCUUAUACUUUAUAUGCAGCAAGAAAACUAAACCGAGCAAGUACUUUGACUGCACAAGCGAUUAAUCUUAAUCCGAUAAAUUUAGAAGCUAUUAUUUUACGUGGGAAUAUUCUUAUUGAUCAAAAAAAAUAUCAAGAUGCAUUACAUCAAUUUAGAGCUGCGGUUCAAAUUAAACCAUAUAGAUAUGAACCACAUAAAGGUUGUGUCGAUUGCUAUAUUGGCAUGCAUCGUUUACGAGAAGCGUUAAAUAUUGCGAGCAGUGCUUGCAAACAACUGGGCCAUACUCCAAGGGUUUUGUCUUUGUACGCGUCAGUUUUGAUGAAAGACCCGGUCUCUGUAGGAAAAGCUAAGAAUCUUUUAGAUAAAGCGUUAGCUCAAGAUGAAUCAUAUUUACCGGCAGUUUAUUAUUUAGCUGAAAUAUAUGAACAGGAAAUGAAUUUAGAAUCAGCUAUUGAUUUACUCGAGAAACAAGUUGAAAUUCAGCCGAAUUGUAAAUUACAUCAAAUGUUAGGUGAUCUUUGUGCCAGGGUGCACAAUGAAGAAAAGGCACUAGAUCAUUAUGCAAUAGCUUUAAGUCUUGACCCAAGUAAUAGAAGAGCACUCGAAGGUAUGCAUCGCUUAGAUAGUACGGCUACUAAAUUUGAGACAUCCUAUUAUAUGACUGUGAGUGAAGAACAUGCUGAUACAACUUAUGAUGUCGGAGAUGGCUUACCUGACUCUGAUAACGAUGAAGCAGUUGAAGAAAGUGAAACUGAAGCGGUUUGGUCUGAUAUGGAUUUAGAAGCGAAUAGUCAGUGAAUCCUUUUCAGUCAGUUUACUUUUAAUUUAUAAGGUGUCAAAAUAAUUUAUUAACUUUUGUAAAAAUUUUUCCUACAAUCCAUCCGAUAGAAUUCGUCUGCUGAAGAAUAUGGCAAUGAUCUAGAAAUAAGACUUCACCUUUUUAAAAAAUUCUUUAAAUUUUCGUAAAGCAGUACUCGUAUAAGUCUUAAUAAGUGGAUCCUCAAUUCCAUAGCAACGUCAUACUAUUCUGAUUCAAAGUUUUGUUCAAGUAAUUAAGGAAAUCUUUCAAAAGUUAAUGUACUGUCUAUCCAUAAAAAUUCUAAUCAUGUGGCGACAAAAUUAAAAUUCAAUUUUUUGUAAAUACUAGAUAAUUUCAUCAAUUCAUACAUGUAUUUAGUUAAUGAAUAAUAUAAAAAAUACAUCGAUACGAAUGGCGAGAAAAACAGUUUACGUUACCUUUAAUCAUGUUGCAUAAUUACCUUUAAUUAUACAAUAUAUUUUCUUUUUAUUUUUUAUAAAGUUAA